CAGAGUAUCUGCCAGGCGCGGGCCUCGGUGAUGGUCUAUGACGAUGCCAGCAAGAAGUGGGUGCCCAUUAAGCCAGGGCAGCAGGGCUUCAGCCGCAUCAACAUCUACCACAACACUGCCAACAACACCUUCAGAGUAGUGGGUGUCAAACUGCAGGACCAGCAGGUGGUCAUCAACUACUCCAUUGUGAAAGGCCUGAAGUACAACCAGGCCACUCCAACCUUCCACCAGUGGCGCGAUGCUCGCCAGGUCUACGGGUUGAACUUCGCCAGUAAGGAGGAGGCCACCACCUUCUCCAACGCCAUGCUAUUCGCCCUCAAUGUCCUCAGCUCACCUGACGGCGGAGGUCCAGUCGUCCAGCGCCAAAAUGGGCCUUCCUCGGAGGACAGCGAGGCCCAAAGGAGGAUGAUGGAGCAGCAUCAGAUGCAGGCGCACAAGGAAAGGGAGCGAAGAACGUCAGGAUCAGUCGUUUCCACUCUCCAAUAUAAAGUCUCCACCCCUCCCAUCCACCCUGAUACUCCUCCUGAGUACAGACAGUACAGAGCUAGUACUCUGCCGCCCUCCUAUGUCCGUGUGGCCUCCUCCUCCCCCCCUUCCUCUGCCACCUCCUCCCCCUCUCAGGAGAGAGAGGCUGGGGCUGCUAGGGACAAGGCUCAGCUCUCUUCCCAGCUUUCCACCUCCCUAGCCUCGGCUUUCUCCCCAGUCCAGACUGGAGUGACAACCCAGGGCCGACAGGUCCGUCAGAUACCCCUGUCCCCUCCCACCACUGCCCGCCACCUUCACCAUCAACAUCAGCAUCAACAUCAACAACAACAACACCAACAUGACAUUGUGCUGCCCCCUAAACAUGGCACCUGGUCUGCCUCCCAUAUGGCCCACAUGUAUGGCCAGAUGCCCCCGUCCUCUUCUCCCCCAGUUAUGAUGGCCAUGCCCGUGAAGCAGGGCUUGCCUCCACAGCCUGUCCUCCCCGUGGCUCUCCCGCUUCCACCCCUGAACUCUAGGGUAAAGCCUCCUCCCCUAGACCCAAGCAUUGCCACAGCCCCUCAUCAUUAUCCCCAGAACCAGCCCCACCCUCAAACCAAUGGCCAGACAGAAGACUACUACUCCCCUCAUUCCUACCACCUGCCAAUGACCCCACAGUACUGUGAGGCCAUCCCCCUGCCUCCUCUGAUAGGUCAAAUGGCCCCAGGUCCUGCCCCCAGCCAGCCUCAGGUCCCAUCCACCUUCCACCCUCAGCAGCAGCAGCAGCCGCAUCAACACCAGGUGUACCAGCAACAAGCCCCGCCCCCCUCCUCCUCCUCCUCCUCCUCACCCCCCUCUUACACUGCCGUGUCUGAUGGGGGCUCACCCAAGAAGACCCCUUCCCCUGUCCCUCAGCAGGGCCACAUGGCCAACAGCAGUCCCCCUGUCUCUGCAGGUCACCCGUCCUCAAUGCUUUCCGUGGCCCCCGCACAGGUCCCAGCCCCGGCACCUAUGGCUGGGCCUCCAGCACCGCCACCUCCACCAGGACCCCCACCCCCGAUUGCAGUCCCCCCACCUGUGCCCCCUCCACUCCCCACUGGUGGUGGGUCUCCGGGUGGGCCUCCCGGGAUUCAGCAACAGCCCUCAGGACUGGCUGCUGCAUUGGCUGGAGCCAAACUCCGCAAAGUACAGAGGGAUGAGAGUAGUCCUCCCGGGUCUUCCAAGAGUGACUCCAACCGGUCCAGCGGUGGCAGUGGUGGUGGUGGAGAGGGACUGAUGCAGGAGAUGAAUGCUUUGCUGGCUCGCAGACGGAAAGCCUCGGAGAAACCUGACGAGGAUGACUCCAGUGGUCGGGGGCCAGGCCAGCAGAACUCCACAGAUGCUGUGAAGAAGCCAUGGGAACGAUCUAACUCGGCAGAAAAGUCCUCACUGGUCUCAAGAGUCAGACCAAUUGGAAGCUCCAGUGAGGCGGAUACAGAAUUUGACAGAAUGAAGCAGGAAAUCCUAGAUGAAGUUGUACGUGAAUUGCAUAAAGUGAAAGAUGAGAUCAUUAAUGCCAUUAGACAAGAAAUUGGAAGAAUCAGUACGUCCUAAUCUCAUCCGAGCAACAAUAGGAGGAGUAGAGCAAAGGGAGGAACUGGAAGAGGAUGGACAUGCAGAUGCACAGACAUGAGGACCCAGGAAUGUUCUCUCAACAUUUCUGUCACCUCUCAUGAAUACACUGCCUUCGAUGCAAAGUUGCAGAAAUGUUGUGCCAACAUUUUGAGUCUGCUGGACAGCAAAACGAAAGGAAGAAUACAAAAGGACAGUUGUAAUGAAGGAAAAAGAACAGAAAAAGAAAGAAGAGAAAAGGGAAGAAGGAGAGAGAAAUGAAGAAGAAGACACGGAUUAACUGGACCGAGCAUGUAAAGUAUGGACAUGGACAAAACUAUGAAUAUUGUGAUGGAUGGACGCUCUUGCUGAGUUUGGUGUUGUGGUCCUCUCUGUGCACCUAUAGACUCAGUCAGCCCGGUGUUGCAACUCUUUGUUCUCUGUUCAGUUCAAGUCUUAAAAAGAUUAAGAAAAUAUUUUCGUUUUCUAAGUUUUUACUGUUUUAUUAUUUAAAAACUGGUGAUAAUGAUGCUAUUGACGACAGUGAUUAUUUUAUUAAUAUUACGGAAGGAGAAAGGAAACUUGCACACCAUUUAUGUCAGCCUUUUAUAUUUUCUAUUGUUAUUUUCGUUUGGUUUAAUCCCCUGAUAUUUUAAUGAUUACAAGCACAAUAAGGGCAAAUGUGGUGCUGCAGACUCGCCUGCCAUUAAAUGGGUUAUUCGAGAAAAAAAAAAGAAAAAAAAGGCUUUUCAUGGCCUUGUUCAUGCAGGUGUUGUGCAUUUAACUUUUUUUUUCCUGCUGAAAUGUCUGGACAUAUUGCUUAUUUCAAUGAUCAGAUGAGGAUUAGCUACAUGAGGUACCCCUUUCCUCCUCCUCCGAGGCACAGUAUAUGACUACAGAGCAGUUGAAGACCAAUCAAACGAAUAAUACAAAAGGCGUGCUUUACAACUCCAGUGUGAUUGAGGCAACCCUCUCUACCCAUCCAGAUGUAUCAGAAGACACGAGUCCUUGGGGAUCAUUCACAAAACAGGUCCAUAACUGUAAAUGUGCCACCUUUUUUUUUUUUUUGCCUAGAUAUAAAACAGUGUAGUUAUAACCAUUAGUCAUCCUAUGCUUUGUGAACCUCCCAAGUAUGCAUGAAACCCUCUCUCUAUAAAUUAGUUUUCCAUUCGGUUUAUAAAAAAAAAAACACGAGGAAAAAAGUAUAAUAAACGGUGGUACGUUUACCAUAGUGGUUUGUUUCCAUGAAGCCCCCCCUCCCAAUAUGAGCAGGUUGAACGCGAAAAUGGUAAUCUAUGUGAAAAAUAUAAUGGGUUGCUCUUGCAACAUGCGAAUCUUACAUGUGCAGGAAGAUUUUGGUAUGUGAUGAUAGCUGGCUAAAUGUUUCUUUACAGGGAGGAUUUGGUUGAAUAUUGGUUGUUAUAUUCUAUCAGCUUGCAACUACGUUCUGAUUUAAAAGCUGGAAGUGCAUUCACUCAAACAAAGAACAAUAUACCUGUCAAUCA